UCGGCCAAAACGGAAAUUGUUUAUGACAUCAAAGAGAAAUUGUGCUAUACUGCGUUUGAUUUCAACCAAGAAAUGUUUGAGUCCGGAAAACCAAGUAAGAAUGAGAAAAACUACGAGCUACCCGAUGGAGAAUGUUCUAUUAAGAACUACGAGCUACCCGAUGGUUCUAUUCAAGCCGAGUUGACAAGCAUGGAAGCAGCUUCUGGUGUUCACGAGAUGACUUACCAUGCAAUCCAGAAAUAAGACGUAGGGGACAUCUGCAAAGAACUCCUCAAGAACACUGUACUUUCCGGUGGAGAGCGAAUGGAGAAAGAAUUUAAAGAUCUGAAUGGGGACCGAGUAAGGGUGAAAGUGGUUGCACCUCCUGAGAGGAAUUACAGUGUCUGGAUUGGAGGUUCGAUUUUGGCUUCUCUCUCUUCUUUCCAGCAACUGUGGGUAUCCGAAGACGAGUACGAAGAGUGUGGACCAAUAAUAGAAAAUGCAUUUAAAAUGUUUCUUAUUUUGAUUUGGCUGGUCUUCUUGGAACCAUUUUGA